CGGGAGGAGGGGCGGCCGCGGGCGGCCAUGGCCUGGCCGUGCAUCAGCCGCGUGUGCUGCCUGGCGCGCUUCUGGAGCCAGCUGGACAGGUCGGACCUGGCCGUGCCGCUCACCAUCCGCAACUACUCGGACAUCGAGGAGCAGGAGGACGCGCCCGCCCCGCCGCCGCCGCCGCCGCCGCCGCGCCCGCCCGCCGCUGCCCCCCGCCCGCGGCCCGGCCCCGCGCGCGGCUCCCCGCCCGAGCCCUUCGCGGCCGAGACGCAGUACCGCCGGGACUUCCGCGCCUGGCCCCUCCCGCGCCGCGCCGCCCGCCCCUGGGUCAGCGCCGGCAGCGGCGGCCACCGAGCCACGGCGCCUCCGCCCGCCCCGACCCGCGCCGUCCGCGCCCUGCCCGGCAUCGGCCGCCCGGAGCGGCGCCCGCGGGCGGACGGCGGCCCCACCACGUCCUACAGGCAAGAAUAUCGCCCUUGGACUGGAGCGAAACCAUCCAAGCCCAUAAAGACGAAGCAAGGCUUCAUUAUCCCAGAUGACCAUUUUGUUCAGGAGACAAGUUACAAGGCAGACUAUAAGCAGAUCCCGGAGGUGAAGACCAGGUUCUCCCCCAAUCCUUCUGCUGUUUUCCAGGCGCCGUCGCGGAUCCUCGACGUGUGACGCUGUGCCUUCCUCGCACCAGGCAGCGGCACAGCGGUGCUUCCGACUGGAUGCGUCUCUAUGCAAUUUUCACGAGGAGCGCUGGGAUCAGAGAACCGACGGCAGCGGGAGCGGCUCCGGCGACUGGGGCUGGGCGCUCUCCUUCUGUGAGCGCACAGAUUGUGAAGCGCUCCAUUCAGAGCCGGCAAAGCACGCGGCGAGGCGUGACCCGGUUCCUUAGGGAGCGAGUUCCUCGCCGUGCCAGCCGGCGGCACGCUGGGAGGCUGACAGGGCGGCACAGCCGGCGAGGCACGCAGCAACCCUCAGCUCUGCUGCGGGCAGCGGGACGGAGAAAUCACAAACAGGAGCGAGAACUAAAACCAAACCCCCAGAGCGGCGCGGGGCAGGGAGCACCUGCCUGACUUCUCAGCUUGUAGAGCUGCCUCCUGCACCUCUCAGCACCAGAGCCCAGCACGGGAGGGCUGCUCUGAAGCCACGGGGAUGCUGGAGCCGCUGGCAGCUCCGCAGUGGCUGCGCUGGGGGGCUGUGUGCAGGGCAGCUGUGUGUGCAGGGCAGCUGUGUGUGCAGGGCAGGGAGCGCACACCGAGCUUCGGUGGGUGUAGAAUACUUGUGGAUUGGAUGUAAAUAUUGCACCUGGAUUUUACCUAAAGCAGUUUGUGAUCCUUUAAGGAAGAGGACGUGCUUCUACUUUUAAUAAAUGUUAACUCUUUGCAUAUGCGAGGUAGAAAGUUUUGCCUUGAAAUGCCUACGUUUCUGCCUGCCUACUGGUGAUGUUAAUGUUAGUGCUAGGAGCAACCAGAAGUGAAUGUUACUUAGAAACUCUUCUUAAAGAAAAACAUUAGCAUAGAAUGUAUGACAUCCCUCAUUGCUAAGAUAAGCCAUUUUCAGUGGCAUUGCUCUAGAGCUCAUUUUUUUAGGUCGGUGCGGAUUUAGCUUUUGCUGAGAUAUUGGAGGUGUGUUUUAAGAAACCAUCCUUCUUAGCCUCCUUUUAGACCCCCAUGGUUUUACAGUUGCUAUCUCAGAGACUUACUGCAAUAUGAUGAAUCUGCUCCUUAUUUCCUGUUUCUACCGAUUAUUUUGGAGAAAAGGAUGCAAAAACUUUUCCUUUCUACAUUCAGAAGAUAUCAAUACGUUGGCUAAAAUGAAAGGCAACGCCUCAGACUGAAUGAUGAGAAAGGCAUUAAUCUGAGAUGACACGGGCUCAUUACAGGGAUUCUCUCUUCACCUUCCCCCAGCUGAGGCCAGUGGCAGAUUUAACGAGCUCUGAGGAUUCUGCAAACAUGCAACUGGUGCUGGUAACUGAUAAGAAGAGAGCUGGAAGCACGAGAGUAUGGAUGUUACACAGGAUUCAUGCAGAAAGCAUCUUCUCAGUGCAUUAGGUGAGAAUCUGGCACUCCUGGCAGCAGUGGACAGGGGGGUGGGGAAGGGGAAAAGGUUGGUGUUGGCCUCUAGCCCUUGUUUUUGGGCCCCAGGAUGUACGGUAACAGCAGUGCUUGCCAAAAACAUUUUUCAGGAGACUCAUUUUUCAAGAAAUUGCACUCAAAACAUUCAAACUCUGCUAAAGGUUUUGCAUGGCACGCGUUUCUAAGAAGAAAUGAAUCUGCUCGAUUAAUCUCUUUGUAACGUUUUUAACUGUUUUGUUCAAUUUUGGUUCAUUUCAAUCCUGGAUUUUAUUAUCAGAAAAAGUGGG